AAAAUAUAAUAUUAUAAAUCUAGAUCUACCAAUAAACAUAUAUUUUAGCCCUUUGUUAAUUUUACACCUAGAUCUAUAAUAACAUUAACUUCAUUUUCUAAAAACAACUAAAAUAAAAUGAGUCUAAGCUUUGGACCUUGGUUUAGGGAACUCAAAGUUUUGUUCUAAAAGUUUCUUCUUUGAAUCUUCUUUGGGAUAUCUUGGGUUCUUAUUAUUUUUCUUUUAUUUUCUUGUUAUCUAAAUGGAAAACUCAAGGAACAAGAGAGGGCAUGAAGAAGGUAUUGAAGAUGCAACCUAUAUUACAGAAACGAAGAAACCAAAGUUACCAGCUUUGGCAAGUGUAAUAGUGGAAGCUCUGAAGGUGGAUAGUAUGCAAAGACUUUGCUCAUCUUUGGAGCCUAUGUUACGCAGAAUUGUCAGUGAGGAAGUGGAACGGGCAUUGACAAGAAUAGGGAAUGCUACAUUGACUGCCAGGAAUUCACCACCAAGAAUACAAAGUGCAGAUGGAAGAAACCUACAGCUUCAUUUCAGAACAAGAAUGCCGCCUCACCUAUUCACAGGAGGGAAAGUUGAGGGUGAGCAAGGGGCCGCCAUCCAUGUCGUCUUACUCGAUAUGAUCUCAGGCACUGUGGUGCAAACUGGACCAGAAUCAGCUCUCAAACUCAAUGUUGUGGUCCUUGAAGGUGACUUUAACGAAGAAGCUGAUGAAGAUUGGACUAAAGAACAGUUUGAGAGCAAUGAAGUUAAAGAACGCGAAGGGAAACGACCGCUUUUAACCGGAGAACUACAAGUAACACUCAAGGAAGGUGUUGGAACUCUAGGAGAUCUUACAUUCACUGAUAAUUCAAGUUGGAUCCGGAGUAGAAAAUUCAGACUUGGUUUGAAGGUUGCUCCCGGGUAUGGCGAAGGGAUUCGUGUUCGUGAAGCUAAAACCGAAGCUUUUGCUGUUAAAGAUCAUAGGGGAGAAUUGUACAAGAAACAUUAUCCACCUGCAUUGCAUGAUGAAGUGUGGAGAUUGGACAGAAUAGCCAAAGAUGGAGCAUUACAUAAGAAGUUGUUGAAAGCUGAAAUUGUGACGGUUGAAGAUUUUCUUCGACUUCUUGUUCGGGAUUCACAAAAACUAAGAAACAUCUUGGGAAGUGGGAUGUCAAAUAGAAUGUGGGAGAACACAGUGGAGCAUGCUAAGACUUGCAUCUUGGGAGGAAAGCUUUAUGUUUAUUACCCUGAUCAAACACAUAACACUGGUGUUGUUUUUAAUCACAUUUAUGAACUCAGAGGUCUUAUUGCUGAUGGCCAGUUCCUAUCUUUGGAAUCACUUAACCACAAUCAAAAGCUUUUUGUUGAUUCCCUGGUGAAGAGAGCAUAUGAAAAUUGGCAUCAAGUUAUUGAAUAUGACGACAAGGUUCUCAAUACCCUUAGAAGUACAAAGGUAGCAAAUCCGUCAGCUGCACCGGUAAACGAUAACAACUACGAUGCAGAUUACUAUGCCACAACUGCUCAAAAGAGUAGACAGCAGUAUAUCACCUCAGAGCCAAGUCCACAAUGCCAUAAUAAUAAUACCCACCAAACAGUCCAUCAGUUGAUUGAAUUUCCCUUUGGAAGGUCUGAUCAGAAUGCAGCAAUGACAAUGAAUAAUCAGAAAGCAUUAUUACCUAGUACCACCACCAUAAGUUACAUGCCAAUCGGAGGAAACUCGACAGCUGGGGUAUCAGGUUUUGCAGGAGAUUGGUCUCGGCCGAGGACCGGGCAUGGAUUUGAAGAUUUCUUUGCUGAGGAAAUCCGACUUAGGAGUUCAGAAAUGUUAGAGACUGAUGACAUGCAAAGACUGCUGAAAACAUUCGGUGUAGGUGUUGGUAUGGGAGCUGGUUUUGGUCAUCCAGAUGAAUCUUCUUAUGCAUACACCAUCCCAUAUGAUCAUCAAAUGGACCACCCUUAUCCUUAUGUGCCAGAACGUGGCAAAGGAUCGGGGAAAGCGGUUGUGGGGUGGCUUAAGUUAAAAGCUGCUUUAAGGUGGGGAAUAUUUAUAAGAAAGAAAGCUGCUGAAAGAAGAGCACAGCUUGUUGAGCUUGAUUAACUGUUCUGAUGCUUAAAAAAACGUAUUUUAACAUCAUUAUCUAUUAGCUGGUUGACAAAGGAUUGGUGCCUCAGCAAUCAUUAACCUUCAUUUGGCAACAUUGUUGAAAAAUUCCAAGUUCUGUUAUCUUUGCCAAUAUUUGAUAAGGCAUAUUCAUCAGAGAAUGCUGAUUAUAUAACAAGUCAGAAUUUCUGUA